CAGACAAAAGCAGUGCAGUUGUCGCACGACGCUCAUCAUCGUGGUAACUCUCGUCACGCUCUUUAAUCCAUCGAUCGUCGGUGUCUUUUUUAUCUGUGCAUGAAGAACUCAAUCGUAUGAGCACGUGAAUAAUAAUACACUAGUUAAAUAGAACAGCAUCUGUUUCAAAAUGUGGUCCUUGGUCGUCAUACUCGUCAGCGUACUGUGUGCAUUAAUACCAACUACGCAGUCUCAAGAUCCGUGCCAAGAUCCACAAGGUCAACAAGGUAUAUGUAUCAAUAUUAAGAGAUGUUCAUCGUUGUUAAAUCUUCUGCAAACAAAUUCCCAAGAUCCUCAAGUAGGCAACUAUCUCCGUUCUUCCGUUUGUGGCUACGAAAAUAGAGAUCCUCGAGUCUGUUGUCCGAGUAACGGAGGUACGGGUAACGACGUGAGUCGUGGAAGUCGACAAGAAAUUAUCAGCACUGAGUAUGGUCCUUUAUAUCCGCCCGAAUGCGGCUUUAGUAAUGCAUCGUUACGUAGAAUCGUCGGUGGUGAGGCAGCUCCUUUAGGUGCUUGGCCUUGGCUUACUACUCUGGGUUACACGCAUCCGAGAGAUCCGAGUGGCACGAGAUGGCUUUGCGGCGGUGUCCUAAUUUCAAGACGACACGUACUCACUGCUGGACAUUGCGUACACGGACGCAAUGAUCUAUACAAAGUGCGCAUUGGUGAUUUAGAUUUGAACAAUGACAAUGACGGAGCAUUUCCGUUUGAGGACUUCAUCGAGAGACGAGUGAUACAUCCUCAAUACAAUCCCACAACUUACACUAACGAUAUAGCGGUUCUCAAGACGACUCGGGAUGUGCCGUUUUCACUGGAUCUUCAUCCUAUUUGCCUUCCCGUGGAUGAUUUUCAUCGAAACAAGCGGUUAGAGAAUACGUAUCCUUUCGUUGCCGGUUGGGGAUCAGUUUAUUUCCGUGGACCCACAUCUAGUCACUUGAUGCAAAUACAAAUUCCUGUACGUACGGAAGAAGAAUGUAAAACCGCUUUCCAGAACUUUAAGACAACUGUAAUAGACAAUCGUGUUUUGUGCGCAGGCUAUGCAAGAGGUGGAAAAGAUGCUUGUCAGGGUGACAGUGGGGGGCCAUUGAUGUCUCCUAGCUCUAAAUACACUUAUAUAUAUUAUGUUACUGGAAUUGUAUCGUAUGGUUUCAAGUGCGCCGAGCCAGGUUUUCCGGGUGUAUACACAAGGGUUACAAGCUUCCUCGAUUUCAUCACCAGCCAAUUGGUGUAAAUUAAAUUAAAAUUAAAUCAACCCACAUGAAAAAAUUGACGAAGGAGUUUCGAAAAGUUCCUUAUAAAAUAAUUUUUCAUGCAGGAUCGCGAAGACUGUGUAUCUCACAUCAGAGAUACGUACACAUAUGUAACCACUUUUUACAUGAAAGGGGUACAAAAUAAAUUUCUAUGAUGCA